AUGGCAGAAGCAGCCGGACUGGUCGUUGGCGCUGUGAGCGUCGCCGGUCUCUUCACUAACUGUGUGGACUGUUUCGAAUACGUCCAAAUGGGCCGUAACUUCGGGAAAAACUACCAACGCUCCCUUUUGAGGCUCGAUGUCGUGAAGCUCCGCCUGUCCCGAUGGGCAGAGGCUGUGAACAACUCUUCCGACCGCAGUGAGACGGCUAUCGAUCCUACGAAAAAAGCUCAGAAGGUUGGAGAGAUCUUGGGGGAGAUCAUCGAGUUGUUUGCCGAUGCAGAAAGAGUCUCGAAAAAAUACAAGGGAAAGGCCACCGUCGACGAGCUAGCCGUAUACAACGCUGACAACGAGCUUGAGCCCGACAUCUUAUCGGUACACAGAAAGAUGCGAGAACUAGCACUCAAGCGCCAGAAACGAAGCAGCUUCGCACAGAAAGCGGCUUGGGCGUUGUACGAGGAGAAAAACUUCCGCAGGCUGAUCGAAGAUGUCACAACACUUGUUGAUGCCUUAGUGGAGCUCUUUCCAUCUUCCCGGGAUCGUCAGCAGCGGCUAAGUGCUCAAGAGGCUGAAGAAUUGAAGGAAGAGCACCGUCUCGACGUUUUGGAAGAAGCGGCUGAAGGCGUCGAUCAGUUACUUCAAGAUUCCGUGCAGCAGGCAAUUGCUAGCCAAAGCGGUCACACCUUCAAAGACAACAUGGUCAUGGACAAUGCUCGAGUCAGGUAUGGAGAUGAACUUACGGUCGGAGCAACUAGCACUGGGGCUGGGCACAGAUAUGGUGGAAACACAGCGCAGGGCAGUUCAAGAGUGCACUAUGGGAAUCAAUUCGGAGGGAAGAGUGUGCUCGACGACUAA